AGCAGCAGCCACAGGUGGAGGUGGUGAUGAAGGUGGAAGGUGAACAGUCUUCAACUUCCACUCUCCCUUCUCCACCUCUGGAUGCUACUCAGCGGUUGAAGGAGUUAGAAGAACAACUGCGGCAGCAACAGGCCAGACUUGCAGAAGUGGAGCAACUAGAGGCCGCUGAACUAGAGGCUGCAACAGAUAAUUCCAUAAGAGAAUAUCUGUUGCAGCAACUAGAAAGGUCGCUCACUGAUGAUCGUUGCUCCCAGGUCACCAAGCACAUGGCAGAGAUGAUCCUGUUGGAGCACAAGAUCACCAGCUCCCAGUUUACAAACUGGGAUGAUCAUUUUAUGCGGCUGGAGCAUCGGGUUGACGAGCUGUCAGAUCAGCAGACCAAGAUCCUAAAGUCUAUUCAGGGCUUGACUGCUCAGCUGGCAGCCGCCAAGCUAAUCACUCCUCAGCCCCCUCUGCUGCAGCCCAAAGCUUGUCCUCAUUCUUCACCCCCUUCCUCUCCACAUCCAUCACAUGCUGGCUCUGUACAUUCUUCCCGGUCAUCCACCCCGUCCCAAAAGGCCUCAGCAAAGGCCACCUAUGCUGCUGUUAUUGCAGGAGACCAGAGACGUCCCAAGAUCCCGGCUCCCAACAAGUUUAGGGGUGAUGACCCCAAGACAGAUGUUGGGGACUGGGCUGCUGAGACCCGAGCCUACUUGAGGGGCUUCGUCUGUGCAAAACAGACCAAGGUGGCGACUGUUCUGGGACUGCUGGAGGGACCCGCACUGAAGUGGGCCACCUCAACUUCCAGCAGUCUGCAGCAGUCCAUGGAGGACAGGGCUUUUGGGCUGGGGGUGGACAGACUUCUGCAGGCCCUGGAGGACCGGUUUGCAGACAAGGAACGAGCCCGCAAGGCUGCUGACAGGAUUGCUCGCCUGGGACAGCAGCGGUACAGCGGGAUCUUGCAGGCCUUGUUUACUGACUUGGAGCAACUCACCUCCACCCCUGGGUUGAUCAUGAGCCCUGAUGAUUUGCUGACCAACUUCUGCAGGGCAGCGCCUGAGAAGUUUGUUGUUGCUCUUUACAGCGCUGGGCACAAGGACUGGAGGUCCUUUGGCCGUGCAGCCCUGGAAAUGGAGGUCAAGCUCCAUGUCCAGGCCCCAUCCUCUGAUAGGAGGAGAGGUGCCUUCCCUCGAGGUGGUAGAAAGCGAAAGGCAGCCUUCACGCAUGUAGGGUCUGCCUCAGGAUCAGACUCAGAUUCCCAGGAUGAUACACCUUCAGCUGGGACUGGAUCUGCUGCUGAGACAUAUGUUGCAGCAACCGUGACUCAGGCUGUUUUAGGAGCCCUGCAGCUGCAGAAAAAGUUUUCUCCCACCACAGCCUCAUUCAGUGCCAAGGGGAAGGAAAAGGGACAUGCUCCCCCUGUUUCCUGUCCUCCUGAGAUACAGCAGGUGGUAGAUCAGUAUGCUGAUUUGAUGCAGGAGCCCUUUGGACUACCCAACCGGCCAACCAAGCAUCACAUCGAGCUGCUGCCUGGAGCGGUCCCUCCCAAGGGCCGCAUCUACAAGAUGUCCCCUGCUGAGCUUAAGGAGCUCAGAAAGCAGCUUGAGACCCUGACCAGCAAAGGCUGGAUCAGACCCAGCACACCUGAAUUUGGUGCACCUGUUCUCUUUGUACCCAAAGGGAACGGCGAGUUCAGGAUGUGCAUUGAUUACAGGGGUCUCAAUAAGAUCACUAGGAAGAGUACUAAGCCACUUCCUAGGAUCGAUGACCUCCUGGAUAUGGUGCAGGGCUGCACAGUGUUCAGCAAAGUCGACCUCAAAUCUGGUUACCACCAGAUUGAGAUGGCAGAGGAGGAUGUCUACAUGACAGCCUUCAAGGUCAGGUAUAGGACUUAUGAGUUCCUGGUCAUGCCCAUUGGACUUUGCAACGCCCCAGGCACUUUCCAGACAGAGAUGCACCGCAUCUUCAGGCCUUACCUGGACAAGUUUAUGGUUGUUUUACCUGGAUGACAUCCUGGUAUUCAGCAAAACUGCCAAGGAACAUGCGGAGCACUUGGCUCU